GCUCUCUUAGAAAACAAGUGAGAGUACAAAUCUCUUUCGUUCUCUCUCUAUAUAUAUAACAACACUUCUUCGAUUUGUUCUUUCUUUUCUUUUUCUUCGUAAGAGAAAUUUCAGUUCUUGAAACUUGCAUUCCAGCACAGAAGAAAGAAAUUAAAGAAAGGGAGCUUGUACUUUGGGGAAGCUCAAAAUGGGUUGGAAAAGUUAUCAGAAACUCAUUCAUCAGUGGAGAAUUCUCAGAGGUGAUAAUGUCAUGAUUAUCAGAGGAAAAGAUAAAGGCGAGACUGGUACCAUUAAGCGUGUCAUACGUUCCCAAAACCGUGUAAUCGUUGAGGGCAAAAACCUGGUCAAGAAACAUAUUAAACAAGGGCAAGGCCAUGAAGGUGGAAUAUUUACAGUUGAAGCCCCGCUACAUGUAUCCAAUGUUCAGGUUGUGGAUCCAGUCACAGGGAAACCAACAAAGGUCGGAAUUAGAUACCUAGAGGAUGGCUCCAAAGUAAGAGUCUCAAGAGGUAUAGGAGCGUCAGGUUCUAUUAUUCCCCGACCCGAGAUCUUAAAUAUAAGGACCACACCAAGGCCUACAGUUGCUGGUCCCAAGGAUACUCCAAUGGAGGUGGUCAUGGAGAGGACGUAUGAUCCAAAAACAGGAAAAGGCAUGCCAGAUCUCUGAGAAAAUUAUCUGUAUUUACACAUCUCAAUGUGAUGUAGGUGGUGCAGAUGCUGGUUACCUGCAUUACUUUUGUGAAAACUGACAUUAUAUGGUUAUUUGUUUCAUUCAGAAUCUCAAUGUACACUGUUUGGCUUUAGACCAAGAGAAUUUGCUGCUCUCAUUAAAAUCGAGUACGCACCGUUUUUUUAA